UUUCCUCUCUCCCCCAUUCUUCGUUUCACAAAGAGUGUGCGCACGUUAACCACUGAACCAGUGCGCAUUGUAACACCCCAAGAAGCCAUGGACAUGAAGCUCGUCUACUCCGUUCUCUGCGUCGUCCUCGUCGCCGGCGGUGUCGGAGGCCAAGCUCCGUCGUCUCCUCCGACCGCUACACCGGCUCCGCCGACUCCAACCAACUCUCCGCCUCCGACAAACACGCCGCCGCCGGUCUCCUCUCCUCCGACCACCGCUCCUCCUCCUGCGAACCCACCCCCUCCGGUAUCCGCUCCUCCGCCGGCAAACCCACCACCUCCUGUCUCUUCUCCGCCGCCGGCGUCUCCUCCUCCUGCGACCCCACCACCGGCGUCUCCCCCUCCUCCCGUUGCGUCGCCCCCUCCGGCGACCCCUCCUCCGGCGACCCCUCCUCCAGCAACUCCUCCUCCAGCUCCUGUCGCCUCGCCGCCGGCUCAGGUCCCGGCUCCGGCGCCGACCAAGAAGCCGAAGGCUCCGUCGCCUUCACCGCUGUCUAGCCCACCGGCUCCACCGACCGGAGCUCCCGCACCUAGUGCUGAGUCGAUCUCUCCUGGUCCUUCUGGCGGAAACAGUGACCAGAGUGGGGCUUCCAAGACGGUUUGCAGCUUGGCCUUCGGAUCCAUGCUUCUCUGGCUGAUGAUCUGAGCACGCAAUCUUUUGCACGGUGUUCGUCGUGAUACCGAGCUACUUCUCUUUACGAGUUACCGUUAUGUGGACUUGGUGAUGUUGUAUUAUUACACUACUACUACUAUUAUUCGGACCGGAUUCUUUCGGGGUUUAGAUUCUUUCGGAGAGGGGCUGCUCGUAUGGGCAGAAGAGAGUUCGGAUUGUUUGUUUUGGGGGGUUUUGUGUCUUGGAGAUUUUUGUUGGUUCCCUUCUCAUGUUGCUUUUCUUCAUUCUAUUCCAUUAUUAGUUCUAGUUUCUCCUCUUGCUCGGUCAUUAUUACCGUUUCUUCAUUGGCUUUCUUGGCCGUUGGUGCAUUUUAUGAUAAUCCCGAGUUGGUACA